AACAUCAAACGUCUAAGCAAAAUAACAUGGCCUUCUACAGCACUCUCUUUCUGGGUCUCUUUGCUCUUCUUCUUGUUAGAUCUUCCAAAGUUACAUCCCAUGAAACAGUUUCAGUUUCACCAACUAUUGACAUUUCAAUCAAUCGAAACACUUUCCCUCAAGGGUUCAUCUUUGGAGCUGGAUCUUCCUCCUACCAGUUCGAAGGUGCAGCAAUGGAAGGUGGUAGAGGAGAAAGUGUUUGGGAUACUUUCACUCAUAAAUAUCCAGCUAAGAUUCAGGAUAGAAGCAACGGAGACGUGGCCAUUGACUCAUACCAUAAUUACAAGGAAGAUGUUAAAAUGAUGAAGGAUGUGAAUCUGGAUUCAUACAGAUUUUCCAUAUCUUGGUCAAGGAUUCUCCCCAAAGGAAAGCUGAGUGGAGGAAUAAAUCAAGAAGGAAUAAACUAUUACAACAACCUUAUCAAUGAGCUGGUGGCUAAUGGUAUAAAACCAUUUGUGACUCUUUUUCAUUGGGAUCUUCCCCAAGCAUUGGAAGAUGAGUAUGGUGGCUUUCUAAGUCCACUGAUAGUAAAGGACUUUCGAGAUUAUGCAGAACUUUGCUUCAAGGAAUUUGGUGAUAGGGUGAAGUAUUGGGUUACAUUGAAUGAACCCUGGAGUUACAGUCAGAAUGGGUAUGCAAGUGGAGAAAUGGCACCAGGUCGCUGUUCUGCAUGGAUGAAUUCAAAUUGCACUGGUGGUGAUUCUUCAACCGAGCCAUAUCUGGUCACACAUCACCAACUUCUUGCUCAUGCAGCAGCUGUGCGUCUCUACAAGGCCAAGUAUCAGACAUCUCAAGAGGGUGUGAUAGGCAUAACUUUGGUGGCUAAUUGGUUUCUGCCACUCAGAGAUACCAAAGCUGAUCAAAAGGCUGCUGAGAGAGCAAUUGACUUCAUGUAUGGAUGGUUUAUGGAUCCAUUAACUUCCGGAGACUAUCCAAAAAGUAUGAGAUCACUUGUGAGAACAAGGUUGCCAAAGUUUACUGCAGAUCAAGCUAGACAACUCAUCGGUUCAUUCGAUUUUAUUGGCCUAAACUAUUACUCUACAACUUAUUCCUCUGAUGCACCUCAACUCAGCAAUGCCAACCCUAGCUACAUAACCGAUUCUCUUGUCACUGCUGCAUUUGAACGCGAUGGAAAACCUAUUGGAAUCAAGAUUGCUUCUGAUUGGUUAUACGUUUAUCCAAGAGGAAUUCGUGAUCUCUUGUUAUAUACCAAGGAUAAAUACAACAAUCCUUUGAUUUACAUCACAGAGAAUGGUGUAAAUGAGUACAAUGAACCCUCCUUAUCACUUGAAGAAUCUCUUAUGGACACUUUCAGAAUCGAUUAUCACUAUCGUCAUCUCUAUUAUCUUCUAUCCGCAAUUAGGAAUGGAGCAAAUGUGAAGGGAUACUACGUGUGGUCUUUCUUCGACAAUUUUGAGUGGUCUUCGGGCUACACUUCACGAUUCGGAAUGGUCUUCAUAGAUUACAAAAAUGGUUUGAAAAGAUAUCCAAAACUAUCGGCAAUGUGGUACAAGAACUUCCUCAAGAAAGAAACCAGACUUUAUGCCUCUAGCAAAUAAGAUACUUACUAUUAAAUUCAUUCAAUUUAAAUUAUUUUCUAACUAAUUCAUAUUCUUUUAUUCUAAAAAAGAUAUACAGACAGGUCUUACAAAUAGAGAUUCUUUGAUUGUAAUUCUUUCUUUCUUUGAUUAGUCUUUGAUUGUAAUUUUAAAGUCCUUUAUAUCUAUACAUUGGACUUACAGAUACAUACAUUUUGUACAUCUGUUGGUAAUACAGUCAGAAUGAAAGAGACACAUUAAUUUGUUAUUA